AUGACACGCAAGAACGCGAGCAUCUCGAAACGCCGCUCCAAACCCAACCUGAAAGUUGCUACCGGGUCAAACGGACGUGCGAAUGGCAAGAUGAAUAACGGCAUCGAAAUGCGCAGGAGGGACACUCCCUCCACGGAGUCCUCCGCCGAAAGAACAGCCCAACUUAUGUCAAGGCCUUCCUUCUCCCUCGAUAACGAGCCGCUCGUACCCCAAACCCCAGUCCAGACGAACACAACUUUCCACAACCUACCACGCAGUGAUCGCCGCAACUUCCUACUGCUGGUUCUAUUAUAUUUCCUCCAGGGAGUCCCUAUGGGCCUAGCCACCGGCUCCGUACCCUUCCUACUCAAACCGUACCUUUCAUAUGGACAGAUUGGAAUCUUCUCGCUCGCCUCAUACCCAUACUCGCUGAAAUUGUUUUGGAGUCCUAUUGUCGAUGCGGUUUGGAGUACGCGUUUUGGUCGGCGCAAGAGCUGGAUCACCCCCGUGCAGGUGAUUGCCGGAUUAGCUAUGAUCUAUAUGGGUGGCCAUAUCGAGGAUAUGAUGGUCCAGGCCGGCGCGAAUGGUGGAGCAGGCGUGUGGAAAUUCACAUACUGGUGGUUUAUGUUGGUGCUUUUCUGUGCCACCCAGGAUAUUGCUGUGGAUGGAUGGGCGAUAACUUUGAUGUCCCCGCCUAAUAUUUCAUACGCGUCCACCGCCCAAACGGUCGGAUUGACAGCGGGCCAUUUCCUGUCCUACACUGUCUUCUUGGCUUUCAACUCGAAAGACUUUGCCAACAGAUGGUUCCGAACUGUCCCCGGCGAGGGCGGUCUGCUCUCCCUCGGUACUUAUCUCAACUUCUGGGGCUGGGCUUAUCUGAUCGUGACGUGUGGUCUGGCCUUCCUCAAGAAGGAAGAGCGAUCCAAGGAACGUGACAGCAUUAUGGAUGUGUAUAAAAGCAUGUGGAGCGUCCUGAAGUUAAAGAACAUUCAGACCAUCAUCCUGAUUCAUCUCAUUGCCAAGAUCGGUUUCCAAGCCAAUGACGGAGUCACUAGUCUCAAGCUCCUGGACAAGGGCUUUGGCCAAGACAACAUGGCUCUGGUCGUCUUGAUCGACUUCCCCUUUGAAAUCAUGCUUGGUUACUAUGCCGGCCAGUGGUCAACUAACUACGGAGCAAUGCGCCUCUGGGGUUGGGCCUUUAUCGGACGACUGGCAGCCGCCGUACUCGCCCAAUUAACCGUCAUGAUCUACCCCACUGCGGCAGAAGUGCCAAUGUGGUACAUGAUGACAGUAAUUGGCGAGCAUGUCCUCUCAACUUUCAUGAACACAGUCAUGUUUGUAGCCAUUUCGGCGUUCCACGCCCGCAUCGCCGACCCAGCCAUUGGCGGCACUUACAUGACUCUCCUUGCAACCGUCUGCAACCUGGGCGGAACAUUCCCCCGCAUCUUCGUUCUCAAACUCGUCGACAUGUUCACACAAGCAACAUGUCUUCCCCCAGCCAUCGCCCCGCCCGCAGACUCCCUUAAAGAUGCCCUCAUUACAUCAUCAUUCUCCUGCGCCCUUGAGCCAGAAAAGAACCGUUGUAUCAAUGGUGGCGGUACCUGCCAGGUCGACCGUGACGGUUACUAUAUGACCAACAUGCUCUGUGUGCUCAUUGGUGCACUUACAUUCAUUAUGUUUAUCAAGCCGGCUGCACAGAAGCUACAGGACUUGCCUCUGCGUGCUUGGCGGUUGUCGUCCAAUCCUCAGCGGGAGUGA